UAGCGCCUAGAAUGCUGGAACGAGCGGCCGCCAGACCCUCGCCAGACGCCGGAAGAAUAACACGUAGAACGAUGCUCGCUGCCAGGAGACUGUUCUCGGCCCGGGGACUGGCUGCCUUUGGAGUCAGAAGUCAGCAGAAGCACACCCUGCCAGACUUGCCCUACGAUUACAAUGCCUUGGAACCCGUCAUCUGUGCCGAGAUCAUGCAACUCCAUCACUCAAAGCAUCACCAGACUUAUGUCAACAACUUGAAUGUAGCUGAGGAAAAAUUAGCUGAAGCCCAAGCUAAAGGUCAGCUGAAAUUUCCUUAG